AUGGCCGCUGCGUUCGCUGGCCCCACAGCGGUCGCUGAUGUUAUUAAAGAUCUAGACACUCAGAUAGCUUUGAUUGGUUUGGGUCCCCACAACCCCAAGAAGAAACAGGACCUGGAUAAGCUUUAUGAUCUCAAAGCUAAAGCCCAACAGAUUAUGAACCAGUUUGGCCCUUCUACCUUGAUCAACCUCUCCAACUUCUCCUCCAUAAAGCCAGAACCAGCCAGCACUCCCCCGCAGAGCUCCAUGGCCAACAGCACUGUGGUGGCGAAGGUGCCUGGGACGCCCAGUGGAGGAGGUCGGCUCAGCCCUGAGAGCAACCAGGUUUUAACCAAGAAGAAAUUGCAGGAUCUGGUGCGUGAGGUGGAUCCAAAUGAGCAGCUGGAUGAAGAUGUGGAGGAAAUGCUGCUGCAGAUCGCCGAUGAUUUCAUCGAGAGUGUGGUGACUGCAGCCUGUCAGCUCGCGCGGCACCGCAAGUCCAACACCCUGGAGGUCAAAGAUGUGCAGCUGCACCUUGAGCGUCAGUGGAACAUGUGGAUCCCAGGCUUUGGUUCUGAAGAGAUCAGGCCCUACAAAAAAGCCUGCACUACAGAAGCUCACAAACAGAGGAUGGCUCUGAUCCGGAAAACUACCAAGAAAUAGCCCCUGGGAGGAACCAGGAGCAGACCCAGCACGUUUGGGACAGCUGUAGCCUCCACCACCAUCCGUGGGAUGUUUUUUCUAAUGCUUUACAGAGAAGCAUAUAUUUUUUAUGAAUGGUGCAGCAAUAUCUUGACUUUACGAGGAGUUCUGCCAAAAACAUUCUCCUCCCCCUUCCUCCUUUCCCCCACAGGCACAGUGUGUCUCAGCCCAGAGACUUUUUCUUUGUGACUUGAAAGUGGUUUCUCGUAUCAGUGGUUACCCAAGGGACAGAGCCUUUGUAUGGGACAGUAUUAGAAGCACCUGUAGAGGUUUUUGUUUCCUCCCUCCUGCCCCUACCUGCUCCAGUACUUUGUAAUGUCAGUGUUUAUACAAAUACUUGCCUUUGUUUUACAUGAAU